CACCCCAACACAAUCGACACCAUUCCUCCUCAAUCAAAAAAGCGGAAGGCGGCUGAGGCGAUAGUAGCCUCUGACAAUCUCUCCACCCAAAGGUCAAGCAAGAGGAUCGCCUCAGCAGCAGCAAACAAGGAAGGACCCCCCACGCCACUCACCAAUACCAGCCCGAUGGAUUCCGACGAUGACUUCAUGUCUGGCAUGUCUAGCGACGACGACAUGCUACAGGAGAGUGAUAAUGACGAUGGUUCCGCAGAUGACUUCGGAUUCGACGAACCUGAACCAGAUCUAGGCUACUCGCAGAAAGGUGCUGUCGAAAAGCAAGAGAAGAGGAAAUUCGAUAUCACCUUCAAGGUCUACCACCCCGAGGACAUUCAAGCCCAGCAAGAUGACCUCAUUGAUGAGGUCAAUAUGAUCCUCGACAUCCGGAAGGAGGAUGCAGCUAUUCUAUUACGGCACUUUCGAUGGAACAAAGAACGAUUAAUCGAGGACUACAUGGACCGGCCAAGGAAGGUACUCGAGGACGCUGGGUUGGGACCAAGUACGACAGGGCCACCAAAGCUGGAGAUUAUCCCUGGUUUCAUGUGUGACAUCUGUUGUGAGGAUGAAAAAGGGCUUCAGUCAUUCGCCAUGAAAUGUGGGCAUCGGUACUGCAUCAACUGUUAUAACCAAUACCUCGGCCAGAAGAUCAAGGAGGAAGGGGAGGCCGCUCGUAUUCAGUGCCCCGCAGAUGGCUGCAAACGCAUCAUGGAUGCGAAGUCUUUGGACCUCCUGGUUGGGGCUGAUCUACAAACACGAUACCACGAAUUACUUACAAGAACAUACGUUGAGGACAAAGACCAGCUGAAAUGGUGCCCAGCUCCAGAUUGCACGAAUGCUAUAGAGUGCGGAAUCAAGAAGAAGGAUCUCCUCCGGGUUGUACCAACAGUUGCCUGUGAUUGCAAGCACCGCUUCUGUUUUGGAUGCAUUCUGGCAGACCAUCAGCCUGCUCCCUGCGAACUAGUCAAGAUGUGGCUUAAAAAGUGUGCAGACGACUCGGAAACCGCAAACUGGAUUUCCGCAAAUACGAAAGAGUGUCCGAGGUGUAAUUCUACGAUCGAAAAGAAUGGAGGCUGCAACCAUAUGACCUGCAGGAAAUGCAAGCAUGAGUUUUGUUGGAUGUGUAUGGGACUCUGGUCUGAGCAUGGAACAAGUUGGUACAACUGCAAUAGGUUCGAGGAGAAGAGUGGUUCCGAUGCCCGCGAUGCACAAGCUAAGAGCCGUGUCUCGUUGGAGCGGUACCUCCAUUACUACAACCGAUAUGCCAAUCAUGAACAAUCUGCGAAGCUGGACAAGGAUAUCUACCAUAAAACAGAAAAGAAGAUGAUCCAGCUACAGUCAGCGUCUGGAAUGUCUUGGAUCGAAGUGCAAUAUCUCAACUCAGCCUCCCAAGCCCUGCAGACCUGCCGCCAAACCCUCAAGUGGACCUACGCAUUCGCCUACUACCUUGGAAAGGUCAACCUGACUGCAAUGUUCGAGGACAACCAAAAGGAUCUCGAGAUGGCCGUCGAGGCAUUAUCCGAAAUGUUCGAGAAGCCAGUACAGGAGCUCGCCGAUUCCAAGCUGAAAGUCGAAAUCAUGGACAAGACAUCAUAUUGCAACAAGCGCCGGGUCAUUUUGCUCGCAGAUACGGCCGACAAUCUUGCAAACGAAGUUUGGACAUGGCACCCUAAAGACUUGUUCGAUUACUUCAAAUCUUGA